AUGUUUAAGGAAUGCAUACCAGAAGACUUGGAAAGGAAACGCGAGUUGCUGAAGACCAUAGAACGCCAUGUACAGCAAGACACCAUCAUUGUGAGCUUCGCUUCAGCGCUGCUGCCGUCUUUGCUGUCAGAACAUCUUGACCAUAAAGAGAACUUCGUCGUCGUUCAUUCUCUGAAACCAACCUUGUUGAUAAAAAGUACUGAAGUGGUACCUUCCCCAUGGACAAAUACUAACACCCUCAAAAGGUUGACGAAGAUUCUUGAAGGCCUGGGACUUCUUCCUAUUGUGCUGCUCAAAGAGAUAGAUGGAUACACCAUGAAUCGAAUCCACUACUGUCUGAUGGCAGAGUGUUACCACCUAGUAAAGGGCGGUUACUGUGACGCUGUAGACGUGGACACAGCUAUGCAGGAAGGACUUGGACAAUGGUAUCCCUUUCUGGGACUGUUUGAGAUAGAACACCUAAACGCAGAUGGUUUCGUUGCUCUAUGUAAAAGAUAUGGGAAUGCUCACUAUGAAGUCCAGAAGUCAUUUUUACCACCAGAGAGGAUGGAAGGCGCAACUGCGAAGGCAAUUCACAACAGUUUGUGUGAAAUAGUGCCUCUGGAUAUGCUUGAAGAACAGCGUAGAUUCCGUAUCAAGGCACUAGCCGCUUUACAGAAGAUGAAAGACGAUUUAGAUGUAAAUGAUCCGUGACGAAAAUAAUAGAUCCUUACAAGGCAACAUCUGAAGAGAUCACUCUGUUGUUAAAGGGACACUCCCGAGU